CGACGACGACGACGACGAUGAUGAUUUUGGUCGGAAGAGGAGGGGGAGGCGGAGACGGAGGCAGUGGUGGUCGGAAUACUCGCCGGCGGAGAUGGACCAAGAGCCUGGGAUUCUUGAGGAAUUCAUUGAUAGUAUUUGGAUUUUUAAGGUAUUUGGAUCUUAUGGGUGGCUGCUUCCAGCCAUCGUCAUAUCAUUGCUACUAACAACGGGUCCAAAAGCUUUCCUCAUGGCCUUAGCACUUCCCAUUGGGCAGUCCACGCUCACUCUAGCAUUCAAGAAAUUGAAAGGCAUUACACAAAACAACCCUAAACGCAAGACCAAGACUAAGAAGUCACAACGUGCCAACACUGUAAGUGAUGUCGAGUUAGAAGAAGAAGACGAAGAAGAAAGCGGAGGGACCAGAAAGGUGGCAAGAGGAUAUCAAUCGUGGUUAUCUAGAGACGAUGCAUCCACUUUUGGGGGAUGGGACGAGCUUGAUAGACUGAAGGAGUUUGAUAUGGGAUCUUCUAGAAGGUCAGCUCGAACAGGUCGGUCAGGAAGGACACGCACAGAGAAGGGAAAGUUUAGCGGCAGAGUGAGAAAAAGCGACAUGCCCUUAUUGUUGAGGUUGUUGAUUGCUGUAUUCCCAUUCUUGGGUUCAUGGACUAGGAUGCUAUAACAAUCCCUUGAAUCAGUGUAAGUAUUUUUUCGUCAAUUGGGUGACAGAUAAAACCUUAAACCCUGAAUUUAGAAAUAUCAUGGCACUUACAUUAUACUGCACAUUCACUGUGUAAUGUGGUGUUUUAUGCUAAGCGCAAGUCGAUCAAUGCCAGAAUCAAGAUAUUAAUGGAUGUUUCUUUGAGAAAUGCUGCUUAAACCAUUUCCCAAUUUUGAAGGAUAGAACCUUUCAAUGAUAUUUUUCUGCUUUAGUCAGCUCAUUGUAUAUUUGCUUGAACAUUGUUUGUGGUAAUAAUACAGAUUUAGAGUGUCCUACA